CCCACUCCCACCGCCGGCCUCCGCAGCGCCCUCCGCGCGCCUCUCCGGGGCUCCCGCCGCCGCGUCCCUCGGAGGGUCUGCGGCUCUGCGGCUCCCGCCCCCUCGAGUUCAAAAGGACGCGCGGAGCGGCGCCGGCCCUGCCCCGCAGCCCGUCCGACUGGAAAGAUCUGCCCCUUCCUCACGGUGGCCAGCGCUUGCGGCAAUGGCUAGCCUCCCACUCACACCUCCAGGUCCUCACGGUGCCCAUCCACUUGCUGCAAUGACCGGCCUCCCCACCACGCCUUCUCCAGGAGGACUGAUCACCACCAUUCGGCAGGUCACUGAGGCCCUGUCCCCAGAAGCUGAAGCCAGCACCGCACUCAUUGCAGUUGUUAUCACCGUGGUCUUCCUCACCCUGCUCUCAGUCGUGAUCUUGAUCUUCUUUUACCUGUACAAGAACAAAGGCAGCUACGUCACCUACGAACCGGCCGAAGGAGAGCCCAGCACCAUCCUUCAGAUGGAGAGUGACUCAGCCAAGGGCAGGGAGAAGGAGGAAUAUUUCAUCUAAUGAUUCCCAGGCCCCACAGAGCUUAUCCAGGCUCCAGGGCUAACACAAUGACUAUCUAAUUUAUUAGGUGAAAGUUUUUAUCUGAAGCCAGUGAGAAGCAUUGACUGGUAUGGGCAAACCUGAGCUCCUUCCAGGAGGAGGCCCAAACCCAACAUCACUGACAGUAGGGACCAGGGACAUGGAGAAAGCUGCUUAUGUCUUUAGAAAGCAGUGUUUGUGACUGACCAAUAAGGUAGGGCUAUCCCAGGCAACAUUUCAGUAUGUGCCCAGCCAUCUUCAGGUUUUUUUCACAGGUCAAAGGGGAGGAGUUAGGGUCACUGGCUACCUAGUGACAGCCCCGGUGGAGGUAGUGUCCACAAAAGUUCUCCCCAGAGGCUGAUACCACAAUAAAAGGCCAGGCCCUGAGGGGUAGGAGACUAGAUAGAUACCUUACCUCCUAAUGAAUGUGCAACGUCCCUUCAUCUGAGCCCAUCCUUUCCCUAUUUCCCAGCCUCAUACUUAAUGCUAUUUUUAUCAGAAUUAAAAUUUUUCAUUAAGAAAUCA